AUGGAGCGACUCCAGCGAGAGCUCGAAAGUGGGCAGUCGGAGAAGGGGCAACUCCGUGCACUGACGGUCGGCCGUCAGAAAACACGCCUCCGUGGCUCGGGUUACACCAAUCCUCGCUACCCAACGCGGCCAAAGGAUAUCCACCUCGAGAACCUCGAGAGUGAGGGUGUCACCGAGGCCGCGAGGAGUCCAACCCCGGGUCGGCCGAACGGUGCAUGGAUGAUCCCAUGUUCGGCCAACCGCCAGGUCUACGACUUUCUCGAGGGCCGAAGCACGGCCGGACGGCGCUACCAGCGCGUCACCGUAGUCCUCAUCGGACUGAACGUGCUCACGUUCGUUCUCUCGACCGUCUUCCACCCGAAGUACAACCCUGACGGCCCGUACCAGCUCUGCGCGGCGGACCGCUGUCGAGGCCUCGACCGGUGGUUCUUUGGCAACGACGACGACAACGGCCUCCUCGGCACCUCCGUGUUUGAGAUCCUGACCGUCGCAGUCUUCACCGUCGACUACUUUGCGCGGCUGGCCACUGCGCCGGAGGCCGACGCCGCCUACGCCGGCGCGUGCGGUCGCCUCCGCUUCGCCGUCUCCUUCUACGCUCUUGUCGACCUCGUCUCGACUCUGCCCUUCUACCUCGACUUCUUCAUCGAGGGGAACCUGCCCGCCUCGCAGGCGAUCCGGAUGCUGCGCCUCGCGCGCAUGAUGAGGCUGGAGGGGCGGUACGUCGAGUCCUUCACGCUGCUCGACGAGCUUCACGAGGAGCUCUCCCGCGGCGGGCUACUGCGGACGGCCGCCUUUGUGGGGACGGUCAUCUGGACCAUCUGCUCGUCCCUCUACUACCUCGCCGAGCGGCGCAACCCGAAGAUGAUCUACUGCGCCGCCUGCCCCGACGUCGACACUGGCGCGUGCUCCUUCGACGAGUGGGGGCUGGUGGACUGCUCCGAGGCCGGCUGCGCGGCCAAGGAAGGGGAUGAGGGCGGACCGCCCUGUUCGAGCCUGUUCGAGUCGAUCCCGUCCGCCCUCUUCCUCACCCUCCUCAACCUCUUCGGCGAGUUCCCGCUCGUACAGCAGCACUCGCCCGCCGGCAAGCUCCUCGCCACGCUCGUCGCCCUCGUCGCCGUAGCCUUCUUCGCGAUCCCCGCCUCUAUCGUCGGCAACGGCUUCCAGGUGGUGCUCGAGAAGCGGAAGGCAGCGGACGGCGAGACGGGCGUCCGUGCGAGCAUCGACAACCUGACGCACCUCGCGGAGAACGAGCGCGCCUCGGUGCGGCACUUGGAGAGCAGGCACCUCGUCACGGAGCGCGAUCGCUUCCUCGACGAGCGGCACCUGCACAUGGACGUGCAUGCACCGCCGCCUCGCGCAGAGGUGGGCGUGGCGCGCGCCUUCGCGGCGCAGCUCGGCGAGGCGCUGCCGCUGCUCUCGGUGGCGGGCUUCGGCGCGCUUCUCGUCUGGGUCGCCUUCGCCACGGGGAUGUACUUUGCGGAGCGCGGCUCGCUGGACGCGGAGAUGGCCGGCAGCUACAAGACCAUCCCCGACGCGAUGUGGCUCACGCUGCUCAACCUGUCGGGCGAAUCGCCGCUCUGCCACUACUCGACCGCCGGCAAGCUCCUCGCCGCCCUCAUGGCGAUCCUCGUCGAGGGGCGCACCAAGGACGCGAGUGCGGCGGCGGCCGACGCGACACCGCUCGACGCGCCGCCGCCGCUCUACGCCGCCAUCCACGCCGCCCUCUCGAGCGGCGCGGCGCUGCGAGUCAUCUUUGGCGUCAUCUUUCUCUCGGUCGGCCUCGCCAUCCUCGAGACGCUGCCGGAGUACGAGUGCGACGGCGCGGCGGCGGCGACGACGGAGUGCUCGCUCUUUGCGGCGGCCGAGUGGGCUUCGGUCCUGCUCUUCACCGUCGAGUACCUGCUGCGGCUGCUCAGUGCUCCCGCCGACCCCGACCUCGGCGGCGGCGGCCGGGCGCGGCUCCGCUUCGUCUUCUCCUUCUACUCGGCGGUCGAUCUCCUCGCCGUGAUCCCCUUCUACAUCGCGCAGGCGGCGCCGGGCGGCUGGGUGGACGAGCACGACGCCUACUUCCGGAUGCUGCGGCUGCUGCGGCUGCUCAAGCUCGACAAGUACGUGCCCUCGAUCACCCUCAUCGACGACGUGGUCCGGCUCAAGCGGCAGCCCCUCCUGCUCGCCGCCGGCGCCUCCCUCGCGCUGUGGCUGCUCUUUUCGUCGCUGCUCUGGCUGUGCGAGCACGCCGACACGGCGAACGAGCUCGACGACCCCCUACCCUCGUACGGCUGCAUCGAGGAUUGCACGAUGGCGGACCGGCUCGAUUGGGGCGGCGGCGUUUCUACAGGCGACUACCCGAUCGUGACUUACUCCGCCGCCGGCCGCGUCACCUGCUUCCUCAUGGUCGUGGCCGCCGUCGGAGUCGUGUCGACGGGCGAGUCGGGCGACGGCUACUUUGAGACGGCGUACGCGGCCUUGGAGGGCUUGCCGCCGCCGCGCUCUCGCUGGGGGCCAAAGGUGGACGCGCUGCAGGAGCAGGUCAACACUUUCCUCAACGGAGACGGCUCGUUGCGUCGCAGCGCAGCGUCGGGCGCCUUCCGCAGCGGCAUCCUCGUCCUCAUCCUAGCGAACCUCGUUGCCGUCGCCGCCGAGACUGUUGACCGGUGGGUCGGCAACGAGCCGCACAACUUCUUCGACGUGCUGGAGGCCGUCUCGUGCUUCGUCUUCUCGGGCGAGUAUUGCGCGCGCAUCUUCUCGGCCGCCAAGGACAAGCGCCACCUCUACUCGCCCGUCUACUACGCGACGACCUUCUUUGGAAUCGUCGACCUGCUCUCCUUCUUGCCGUGGUACGUGCAGCAGGCGAGCCUCGCGCUGGGGCUCGCCGGCAGCUCGUCGGACGCGGCGGCCGUCUUCCGCAUCUUCCGUCUCUUCCGCGUCCUGCAGCUCGAGCGCUUCCUCACCGCCUUCACGCUGCUCGACAACGUGCUGCGCGCGUCGGCAGACGUGCUGGUGGCCACCGGCCUGAUGGCGCUCAUCAUCUGGUGCUUCUCCUUCCCCUCGACCACCGCGUGCAACACGGCGCACCCGGGCAGCUGCUCGCAAGAGACGUUUGCGCACAUGCCCGACGCGCUUUACAUGACGGCCAUAUUUCUCUGCGGCGAGUGGGGCGUGUGCGACUUCACGCUCGGAGGCAGGGCGGUCGCCGCGUUCAUGUGCAUCGCCGGCAUCGCCAUCGCCGCCAUCCCAAUCGGCUCGCUCUUCGAGGCAUUCGGCGCCGUCAUCGGGCUUUCGGAGGAGGGGGACGGGUGA